GACAAUCCACACAAGGUCACUGGCACGUGUGCAUGCUGUCAUCAAGACCCAACCAAGUUACAACAGCCUUUGGAAGACGACUCUUUAUAUAAACGACGACAAGUUUACCCUGGCAGAAACAGCUUGAAGUGGUAAAGAACAUCUGCAUCAAACAUGGCAAGAGGAAGUCGCAGUGCUAGUCAUUCUUCGGCACCAGCCAGCUCAGCUCCGACCUAUCAUCCCCCGUCCCAAAAUUCCCCGUCCCCAGUCGCUCCAGCCCCAUCAGCCCUGGCUGUUCCUGCCGCACCCCAAGGACCCGGCCUAAUGGCCCAGAUGGCCACCACCGCGGCCGGGGUGGCAGUGGGCUCUGCCAUGGGCCAUGUCAUGGGCAGUGCCCUCACCGGCGCCUUCAGUGGUGGCAGCCCUGAGACAGCCAGACCCACCGCCAGCACAUACCAGGAGGCCCCUCGACCCGCCUCAUCCCAGCCGGGCCCAUGCAUGUUUGAGGUGCGACAGUUCCUGGACUGCGCCACCACUCAGGCUGACCUCAGCUUGUGUGAGGGCUUCAACGAGGCACUCAAACAGUGCAAGGGCUCACACGGUGUGACAUCACUGGUUUGAGCAAGGAUGUUGUGAGUCAAAACAAGACACCAUGUUCGGAUAAAUACCUACUGUAGACAGAUGAGCCACUCGGUCAUGAAAUAAACUCUAUUCAACUAACUCUCCACUAUUACAAGAAAAAUUAUGUUUGUUGACAUGUAAGGAAAUGUGUGCUGUUUGAUUAUUUUGGUAAUGUAUAUGAUAUUGUGAAAUAAAGAGCUGCUGGUUUACAUUCUG